UUUAAGGGCAUUAGACUAAUACUUUCAGGUGCCGUUUCUAUAAAUACUAUUAAGUUCUAUAUAUAUAGAAAUAUAAAGCGGAUUCUGUCUAAUAUAAAUAAUAGUUAUAAAACUACUUGGGUUUAUUUAAUAGCUACUAUUACUAUAGGUAUUAUUAUAAGUACUACUAUAAAUCCGAUCUGA